ACCAUGAAGACUCUCCCUGUGGUUCUUGCAAGUCUGUGCCUGGCUUUUGGCACCACAUUGGCCGCUCCCAAGCCUACACCUUGUGCGUCAUCUCCUCUGUUGGAUGGGAGCUUCACAGUGGGUGGACAAGAGGUUUUUUUCAAUGGAAGGUUUACAUAUGAUGCCCUUGGAAAACAGCUCCGUAUCCGGAAUAUGGGAAUGGUCAACGACAAGCCAUCGGCAAAGGAUCUACUUAUGAUUUACAAUGAGGGUGUUCUUUAUGAUAUUGAUCAUUCUAAAUGGUCUUGUAAGAAAUAUCGGAUGAAUUCCGAUUUCGUUCCCAUGGGAGUCCCAAAAGGCGCACUACACAUAAAUCAGGUGGUUGUAGGCUCCUCCUCUAUGUCAGGAAUGGGUGUACUGGUCAACAACUGGCAGGGGUUAACUCUGGGAACAAACGGAACAAUCAACUAUUACCAGGCUGUCACCAGUGAAUUCGGCUGCCUGCCAAUAUCCACCUUAGUCUACAACCCAUCCAGCGACUGGACAUCCAUCAGCUAUUACAACAUAAUGCUGGGCAUAUUCAACCCCAUGGAUUUCAUUCCUCCAUCCUUCUGUAAGCAAGCACAGCUGGAAUCUGAUGAGACCAACUUCCUUGAUGCCAUGAAGUCAGUGGCAAGGGAGAUAGUGUCUGAGGCCUGAGUUGAAGUGAGUGAAAUAAAUAAAAACUGAGCAUCAAGAUGUCAUUUGCCAGAAUUUUAUUUU